AUGCAAUUCCAAGAGACGACAUUCUUGUCCGGCAUCGUGUCGAACACCUCACGGGCCGUUUUCACGUCUCCUUUUGCGGCGUGGGCUCCAAUCAUUGUUGUCCACGUCACCACAUUCUUACACGGCGAACGCUUGAAUAAGUGCCAAGCAGCUGCCAGGUUACCGGCUUUCGCAUAUGCCGAAAUCAUGGUGUUCCAAGAAACUGCGUCUCGUUCGGGCAUUUCAUCAAACAGUUUCCUUGCAUUCUUGACAUUAUCCUCGUUCACUAAACGCCCACAGAAACCCGGACUUCAGAGCACGGCCGUGAACCUUCCGGCCGACUCCGAACAAACCCAUCUGGUACGUGUGGUUGUUCGGGCAGAGGCUUCUCAGGGACAUUUCAUCCAACAGUUUCAGGCAAUUCAAGUAUGGCCCGUUGUACGCGUAGCCUCUGACCAUCGCGUUCCAGAGCGGCGUCUCCGCCGCGGCCGGGCCGCCCAUCUGGACGAAGAUCCUCUCCGGAUAGUCCAUUUCCCCGAAUUCGGUGCUCCGGCGGAGAAGCUUCAAUCGGACCUCUGGAAUUCCGAUCAGGGUUGCCGUUGUUACGACGGCAUGGAUCUGUUUCAGCUGUCUGAGUGUGCACCGUCGCAAAGAGAUCAGAGCCGUGAGCUCCAUAGAUUGAGCCGGGCACGACAUCGGUUGAAUGUUUAUACAAAAGGUACAUUUAUUGUAACAGCAAAUUUUACAAGAAAUACUGAAUAA